GCCACGUCUCUACACUCUGCCGUCGGAACGGACGCGGAAUCCGUCACGAGCACGCCGGUGGAGUACUUUCGUCGCGAUUACCAACCCUUGCCCUUUACCGUCGAUCAAGUAGCCCUGGAUUUCGUCAUUCGCGACGGCCGUACCACGGUCACCACGAAAAUGACGCUCGUUGCCAAUCCGCGGUACGUCGGCGAACCCAUCCCGCUCGUGCUGGAUGGUGACGAAACCUGUCUCCAGUUGCGCUCCGUCCGCAUGAACGGUCAGGAAUUGCGGGAGGGGGUGGAUUACGAACUCGCACCGGGACGGUUGCUCCUCAAAACGCCCGUGGAUGGGGCCGUCGUGCAAACCGUCGUGGAUCUGGUGCCGGAAGAGAAUACGCAAUUGUCCGGAUUAUACAAGGACGAGGCGUCCGCCAUGUACUGUACCCAGUGCGAGGCUAUGGGAUUUCGGCGCAUCACGUACUAUCCCGAUCGACCCGACAACAUGGCCACCUUUACCAGCGUACGACUCGAAGCCGAUAAGGAGCGUUAUCCUAUUCUUCUCUCCAACGGCAAUCGCCUGGAUCAAGGGACUGUGCCCGAAGACGACUCUCGCCACUACGCCAUAUGGAGUGACCCAUUUCCCAAACCGUCCUACCUGUUUGCCGCGGUGGUCGGAAAACUCGGGAGUAUUCGAGACUCCUACACCACCGUGUCGGGCAAAAAGGUCCAACUGGAGGUAUUCUCGGAACCUCGCAACGUCCACAAACUUUCCUACGCCAUGGAAAGUUUACAACGCAGCAUGCAGUGGGACGAACAGCGUUUCGGACUCGAGUAUGAUCUAGAACUUUACAACGUUGUGGCCGUGGACAGCUUCAACAUGGGCGCCAUGGAGAACAAGGGACUUAACGUCUUUAACACGGCCUACGUGCUCGCCGAUGAAGGUACCGCCACCGACACCGACUUUGAACGCGUCGAAGGAGUCAUUGGACAUGAAUAUUUUCACAACUGGACGGGCAACCGUGUGACGUGCCGUGAUUGGUUCCAGCUCACCCUCAAGGAAGGGUUGACCGUCUUCCGCGACCAAGAAUUUUCCGGUGACAUGAACAGCAAGCCCGUAAAACGAAUUGAGGACGUUCGGGUCCUGCGGGCCCGCCAAUUCAGCGAAGACGCUGGUCCCAUGUCGCAUCCUAUCCGCCCCGAAUCCUACAUUAGUAUGGACAACUUUUACACCGGGACGGUGUAUAUCAAAGGUGCCGAAGUCAUUCGAAUGUACCAGACCAUUCUAACUCCGGAAGGUUUCAACAAGGGGAUGAAGCUGUACUUUGAGUGCCAUGAUGGUUCGGCCGUGACGUGCGACGACUUUUUGGCUGCCAUGGCCGACGCAAACAACGUGGAUUUGACGCAGUUCGCCUUGUGGUAUAGCACACCCGGAACUCCUACGGUGCAGUACGAAACUUCCUACGCGGACGGGACCUUUACGCUGAAACUCUCUCAGUCUAGUCGUAGUGUAACGCCCAUGCACAUUCCCGUGGCCUUUGGGCUGCUCGAUAAGGCCACAGGUCAGGAAGUGGUCCCCACCACGGUAUUGGAAUUGAAGGAAGCCUCACAAGUCUUUACUUUUGACGGACUCGAGGGGGACGUGGUUCCGUCGCUACUGAGGGACUUUUCCGCUCCGGUCAAGCUCGAGCCAGUUUCCGGCGAAGUGGACGAAAGUGAUCUGGCCUUUUUGGCCGCGCGGGAUACAGACGGCUUCAACCGUUGGGAUGCCGGUCAACGCUUGUACACGUCCUUGAUUUUUCAAACGCUUAACGACCAGAUUUCUUCCACUACACAGGCGUUUGUGGACGAGGCGUUCCGAAUGGCGCUGGAGCAAAAGACUACGGAUUACUCGAUUCAAGCGUACGCACUCACGUUGCCUUCUGAAUCGACCCUGUCGGAAGAAAUGAAAAUCGUUGAUCCUGUUGGUCUCCACGAGGCCCGUGGUAAAGUGAAAAAGGCUCUGGCUCGAAAGUACGAAUCAGAGAUCCGAACCACGUAUGAUGGUUUGACGGAGACUAUGCAAGCUGAGACAGAGUUCAAGGUGGAUGCUGAAGCAAUUGGUCGUCGUCGGUUGCGCAAUACCCUAUUGGAGUAUUUGUGCUCUAUCCGCGAAACAGACCAGGAGCAAAUUGCUGCUGCGGAACUUGCGAUGAAGCACUUUCAAAAUGCCAAAGGCAUGACGGACAAAAUCGCUGGUCUAGGAGCCUUGGCUUCGAUGGAUGGAGAGGGUGCUGAUGCCCGUGAUGAAGCCAUGCAGACCUUUUACGACGAUGCCGAGGGUGACGCUCUCGUGCUUAACAAGUGGUUCAUGACCCAAGCAGUUGCGGACCUGCCGGAUGUUUUGAACCGCGUCAAAAAACUCAAGGAACACCCGGACUUUACACUAAAGAAUCCAAAUCGCUGUCGCUCGCUGAUCAGUGCCUUUGCAAUGAACUCGGCUGCCUUCCACGACGAGAGUGGCGAAGGUUACAAGUUUUUGGGAAGCACGAUUGCCGAACUCGACAAACUCAACCCACAGAUCAGUAGUCGUAUGGCUAGCAGCUUGAUCCAGUGGCGUCGGUACGAUGAGGAAAGAGGCCAGCUCAUGAAGGCGGAGCUCGAAAAAUUGAACGCCAUGAAGCUGAGCGAAGAUUUGUUUGAAAUCGUAAGCCGUGGGCUUAAAGAUUGAAGCGUCUCACGCAGCGGCUUUAAUUACAGCAUCUAAUUUACAAAAUUUCACUAGUCAAAC